AUGGAGCAAAAAAACAAUUCAAUGCCUGAAAUGAAUGACAUUCAAACUUUCGUCAAUGAUUCUAUAAUGUACAAUUUAUUUGAUACAAAUAACAAUCUAGACAAUACUAUUACCCAGGAGUCACAUGAUUUUCAUAACUUAGAAACUGGUAUACCUGACAUGGAUCAUAACUAUUUAUCACAACUUUUACAUGCUGUAAUGGAAUCAGAAUCCAAGAAGAGUGCAGUCGAUUUUGUUUCAAUGUCAGAGGUUGAAAGAAUCCCGGUCUCUGAAAUAAAUGCUUUCAACAACUUUAGACCCUCUUCAGAAUCCAAUUUUCAGCCUGAUAAUACUAAUGACAAGGAAGAAGACAAAAGUUAUACAUCAGCAAGAACCACUAUAACAGCUACAAAAUCAGGUUUAAAUGAGAAUGGCAUUAAUAAAUCAAGAAGACUCUGGGAUGAUGAAGAGGUUUCUAUUUUUCUUAAUCAUUUUAAGGAGGAUUAUGCAUUAUACCAAAAGAACAGUAAAAAAUUUUAUGAAAAGAUGGCCAGUAAAUAUUUUACAUCAAGAUCAAAAGGUGCAAUUCAAAGUAAACUUAAUCAAUUGUUGGAUAAAUAUGAGGAAGUUAAAAGCAAUUCGGCUAAAUAUAACUGGAAAUGGUACAGAAUUAUUGAUGAUAUCAUUAAAGAAGAUUCCAAUGAUGCUAAUGAUCAUGAUAGUGAUAGAUCAUCUGAAAUCAAUUAUUAUAAUGAAAGACUUAAAUCCAAAAGACUUGUGAAAAGCAAAAAUAAUAAACCAACUGAUGUUAGUGAAGUAGAAUCACAUGAAGUAAUAAUUGGUAACCAUAAGAUAAAUAAUAAUAAUUUUAUAAAAGCUGAAAACAACGCAAUUGAUAAUGGUGCAGUUGAAAAUAGAAAUUGUAUCAGUAAAAAAAGAAGAAUUGGAAUUUCUUCUGCAUGUAUAAUUGCAGAUGCUAUCAAAGAAUCAGUAAUGUACAGAGAAAGAAUACUUGAACAUGAUAACAAACUUAAAGAAUUAGAAGUAAAACUAUCUCAAUUAAGCCAAAAAAAUAAUUAUUGA